UUACCCUGCCACUUGCGGGUAAAUUUGGAACUACUUUGCGUCAUGAAGGCUAUCUAUGUACUGUGGACUCGUGUUUGUGUACGAAAUUGUAACAUUUCAGCUUUUAUCGGAAUAUACAGUGAUUGUGAAUUACUUGCAUGAGAAUGCAGAGAUUACCAGAUACACAAAACAUCCUCAACCUUGUGAUAUAAAUAACCCCAUAAUUCAUCUCUAAGAAACCUUGAAGCAAGAACAUCAUAAUGAAGCAUAGUUCUUCAAAAUUGGCAUCAAGGAGCAAUGGCUACCAGUCAGAUGACGAUACAGUGCGAUACAAGUUGAAUGCAGAGUUCUUCAACAAUACUAACAAGGCUCCAAUAAAGCCGAACAAGAAACAAGAAAAUGUAGAACCUGAUGAUGGUAUUCGAUACAUGUUUCCAAAAGUUUUAUUAAAAAAUCUAGCCGUUGAUAAGAAGCCCAAACAGAAAAUUAAAGUUAACUUUUGGAGCGGCAAACAAUCACUCAAUCGCAUGCGCAAACAAGAUGCAAAAAAAGAAACCUCAAAUCGCAGGCACACCGUAGCCGUGCCAUCUCAUCAAAGGUUAAAUGAUAAACCGAAGAACACUGCUGUGAAGGUACGCAAACAGGUAUCAUUUCUCCCUUCUCCAUUGUUCUCUGAUAACCAUGUACCGAUGGUGACUGUACCUGAUGACUUGACUAUUCAUCUGAAUGAAGAAGAGGCAAAUGAUCUUGGCGAGGACUUAAACCUAGGAAUAACUGAGCAAGGCGCUGCAACUAAAAGCAAAUCAAGUGUUUUGUCGAAAAGGAAAUCCCGCUCAUUAACAACUCAAACGAGUCCCAAAAGCUCAAAACGCAAACACAGCAGUGACGACUCCGAUGGCAGGUCCCAUGGAAAUGAAAAUGACCUAGAAUUCUUCUCCAAGUAUGUGGUUCAAAAGCUAAGGAAAAUGGAAACCAACCAACGGAUUUACUCAGAAAACUUAAUUAAUACUGUUCUCAUGUUGGGACAACUCUCGAAGUUGAAUGGUAAAUAUAAAAUAUUAGAACAGUAACAAUAGCGUCUUAGAAUUAAUUUUAAGAGUUACCUUUGUGUAUUUAAGUUAACAUGGUUAAUGAGUUUGAAGAAAUUGAUUAUUAAUAUUUUAAAGAAAAGUAUAUUAACUUUAAAACAAGGAAUGUUUAACAAAAAUAAUGUUACUAUGACUGAACUUGUGCAAUAAUAAUUAACAACUAGCUCAAGUAAAUUGCUUUCCAGCAAAAUUCAUACAUCCCAAUGAAUUUGUUAUGAAUGUGACUCGCACAAGCCUAAUUUUCUAAAUAUAAAAUAGAUUUUCACAGAGUUUAUAGUUUUAAUAAAUUAUUACACCUUUUAAACACAACAAAUAUUGUAACAUAUUGUGUUCAGUCACAUUUCCAUUUCCUUAUUAUUUUGUAGCUGUAAGGUAACUAUUUAUACAUAGUUAGUAUGUACUUGUACAUAAUGUUUAGCGACAAGAACUUGUCACAGUUGUCACAGUAUUCCACCUGUACAACUUCUUUGUCCAAUGGGUAUUUGCAUCUCACAUUUUGCUUAGUGAGAGAGUGAGACGCAAUGCACAUUGGACCAAGAAAUUGGACAGGAGAAAUGCCAAUCUAUGUAACAAUUUACAAAAAUAAUAACUCAUAAGUACAGAAACUAAUAUUUAUUUUUUAAGGCAUUAUGCAUCUAAUGAAAUGUCAUGCAUGUCUCACGUUUAAUUUAUUUGUUAAAUAUUUUCAUUUAAAAAACUACAUAUUUGUGUACUAAAUAUUGAAACUAUGGAAUGGUGUUAGUAUAUUUAUAUUUAUACUAGAUUCUGCAUAUUUCUGGAUGUUGUUUAAGCCUUACAUAUCACGUUUAUUGUGCUAAUUGUUAUUUUUCGUGCUAUUUUACUGAAACUUUUGGUAAUGAAGUCUUAUGUGUAUACAAAUUUUAGUUAUAAACGCACAAGCUUUGCAAACGAAUAUUUUUUUGGUUGUAUUUAUUUUCUGAAGAAGUAAAGCUUCACCAGAAGUAUACAGGAAUUAUAAAACAGUGUUGUAGCGCAGAUUUCAGAGCUGAACUAGAUGGCGCUGUAUGGCGCAGUCCGGUUUGUGAUAACUGGAUGAUUAAAGUUAAGGGCUAUCCAGCUUAAACAUAGUAAAGCUGCGUUACCACCAGAUAUGUGCGAGGAUGCGUAGCGAGGGAGUUUGCUAAAUACCAAUAUGUAUAAUAUUCCCAGUAAAGCUGUGCUAACUGUGUGCUAAGCGAGAAUAGGUAAAUUAAGUGAUUCUCUCUUCUUCCUCGAUUCCUCAUGACAUGGUCGCGUCGCGACCACAUGAGGUCGUUAUUUUGUGCACCAAGGCUCUCCAUUCUGCACGAUUUUCCGCCUUCCUAAUAAUAGGCGCCUGUGUAGAGCCCUGGCAGGCCUUCUUUACAGUGUCCACUCAGCAGGUUGGUGGAUGUCCACUACCCCGUCCUCCAUCCUAUUAAGUGUAUAAGUGAUUCUAUUGGUUCUUAAAAAACAUGCCUCACUCACUACGCAUCCUCGGACAUGUUUUGUGGAAACGCAGCCUAAUUAUAUAGAGCAGGCCACUGUGUGUGUCUUUUAAUUCCUUCAUCUAUGACCAGAAGUAAGUUUUAGAAGUCCAGUUUUACAAUGACAAAUUUAUUUUGUAAUUGUCAGUUUUGUUCCUAUUAAGACUUCAAAGGUGACUAUAUAACUUAGUAUUAAUUUGAAAAGUAACCAGUCAUCUCUUUUUUUGGUUUGGUGAAAUUACAUGUUAUAGUUGUUUUUUUUUGUGUACAUAUUUUGUUCCACGGUUUUCAUGCUAUCGUUGUUGUAUGGGUAAUUAACAGAUUAAAAAAAAAAACAGAUUUUGACAAUGUUUUUGUCUUGAUCCCUAAAUUGUGUAAUGGGUAGUUUAAUGUUAUAAAUUGACUUUCUGUGAUCACAUUUUAGCACAAUAAAGUGAAAAGGAAACUGUAUAUCUGUUAUACGAAAAGUAAGUAAUGAAAUUGUGUUAAUAUAGUUGUCAAUUAAGAAAAGUAUUUACAUAUUUACAAAACCUGAUUGUUGUUCGCCGGAAACGAUGACUUAAGGUAAACGUACUAGUGCUCGACAUGCUAAUGCACAGUAGAUGACACCUUGCUGUCACCUCUAUUGAAAAUGACUUAAGUUUCAAGAUGACAUGUACUGGGACCGCGUCGAGCACCAGUACGUUUACUUUAGUCUCGAUUUCUAUAUUAAUAUUAAGUAAGUAUACAUAUUUUCGAGAUUCGAGAUUGUACCUAUAAGGUAGGAAUUACUGCCUUAAAAAUAAAACUUUGUGAACUUAACAA